UCAUAUAGGAGUAAAAUUAAAUAUUGGUUCCUUGUGCAAAAAUUUAUAUUGUAUUAAAGAAUACAGUAGAAUAUAUUAGUAAAUUCUAGAUGUUACUUUUGGCAAUCACUGUACUGGCUUAUUUUUAAUUUUAUCCAACAUAUAUAAAACCAAGCAAUGAUUUCAUUUAUUCAAUCAGUCCAACAAAAAGUGCCAAACUUGAAAGCAAACAUUUUCAAACAUUCUAAAAAGAAAAGAAAAUAUUAUUAAUCAUGUCAGAAGAAAAGAAUUCAGUUGAAUCAGUUGGUGAGACAUUUAAGAUUCUUCAAAAUGACCAAGUUGGAAAGUACAUGGUAGCUGAUAAAGAUCUUGAACCUGGUGAUGUUAUUGUUAGUGAAAAACCAUUUAUUGUUGGACCAAAAUCAUCAACAUAUCCACUCUGUUUAUCAUGCUAUACACCAUGGCCACCAACUGAAGAUAGUCAACCACUUUGUUCAAAAUGUGGCUGGCCAGUUUGUGGUGAAGAGUGUGGAAAUGCACCACAACAUUGUGACUACGAGUGUUCAAUAUUUGCAAAUGCACGUGAAAAAUUUAAUGUAACUGAAAUAUUAGAAGGUACAUAUGAAAAUGGAAUUCCUCAUUUUGAAUGCAUAACACCACUUAGAUUACUUUUGGCAUCAGAAAAAUAUCCAGAUAAAUGGAAUAAUGAAAUUAAAAAUAAAGAAUCACACAAUGAAAAAAGAUCAACAAAAAAUCAAUGGAAAACAGAUCAUGUUAAUAUUGUAACAUUUAUCAGAGAUCGUUUAAAACUUGAUAGAUUUACAGAGAAUGAUAUACAAACAGCAUGUGGAAUACUUGAAAUAAAUACACAUGAAGUUAGAACAAAAAGUGGCUAUUCAGCAAGAGCACUAUAUCCAACAGUUGCAUUGACAAAUCAUUCAUGUGUAUCAAAUACAAAUCAUAGUGUUUAUCCUGAUGAUUAUAAAAUUGUAUUAAGAGCAUCAGUAAAAAUACCAAAAGGUAGUGAAAUAUAUGGUAGUUAUGUAUCAUCAUUGUUACCAACAUUAUUAAGAAGAGAACAAUUAUUAGAAGGAAAACAUUUUUCAUGUGCUUGUAACAGAUGCUCAGAUCCAACUGAACUUGGUACACAUUUGUCAUCAUUAAAAUGUAGCAAAUGUGAUAAUGGAAUUGUCAUAACUCUUGAUUCACUUGAUCCAGAAAGUAUUUGGAAAUGUACACACUGUGAAUUUACAACAUCAGCAGCUGCUGUUAAAAAAGUAUUUACAAUAAUAAAUAAUGAAAUUGACAAUGUUGAAAUGAUAACAAUGGCUCAUGGUCCAGAAGCUAUUCAAGCUAGAGAACAAGUUAUUAAAAAAUAUCAUUCUGUUUUACAUCCACGUCAUGCAUUUCUUGUUAUGCUUAAAUACUCAUUGGUACAAUUGUAUGGACGUGUUGAUGAAUACAUGCUUGAUGAUCUACCAGAUAUUAUAUUAGAACAUAAAGUAGAAAUGUGCCAUUUAAUUCUUCAAGUAUUAAAUUCUGUUGAACCAGGAUAUACAAGAAUGAGAGGAUUAACAUUGUAUGAAUUACAUGCUCCACUUUUAUUUAUUGCAAAAUCACAAUGGAAUGCUGGUGUUAUUGAUAAUGAUGGUUUAAAACCAAAAAUGAUUGAAGCUGCUAAUAUUCUUAAAGAAGCUGCAACAAUUUUAUCUUUAGAACCUGAAGAUACUCCAGAAGGACAAAUUGGAAUUGUUGCUAAACAAUCCCUGAUACAACUUGAACAAUCAAUUCAAGAACUUUUGUUAUAUUUGGUACCGAGACUAGAAGAGCAGUCGUAUUACUUUCUCAAUGUACAAACAAACUGUUUCAUUAUGAAAAUUGAAGAAAUUUUUAAUAUCAGCAAAUACAAAGAAUCCCACUCUGAAAAAUAUGGAAGGUAUUUAAUAGCAGCAAAAAAAUUAUUACCAGGAGAAGUAAUUUUACGUGACAAUCCAAUUGCCAUUGGACCAGCUGUGUUCAAUUCAAAUUCACUUUGCUUUGCUUGCAUCAGGGUCAUCCCUCGUAUUGACAUUAUUGAUUUUAAAUAUCUAUGCAAUGAUUGUGGGGUUGCUUUCUUUUGUUCAUCAUCCUGCAAGGAAAGAAAAAAUCAUCAUACUACUGAAGAAUGUGAAUUAUUUAAAUUAAAAAAUUCUAAAAAAGUACUUUCACAAAUGACAAUACAUGAAACUCGAUCAAUUCUUUUAUUUUUACGUUUGUAUUUAGUAAAAAAACGUGAUCCAAGUGUUUGGAAUAAAAUAUUAAAAUUAGAAGGACACUUGGAGACAAGAAGAGACACAAAAAUUUGGUUUGAAAGUCAAAAUAAUGUUAUUGACACCUUGAAAAAAUAUGAUUUAAUUGAUAAAAAAGAUGAGGAAGAUGAAGAACUUUUACAAAAAAUUUGUGGUAUUAUUGAUGUUAAUUCUUUUGAAUUACGAUCACCUGGUACUCUUGAUGAAUCACCAUUGCGUGGUUUGUACACUGAGGCAUCAUUGAUGGCUCAUGACUGUCGAGGAAAUACACAUAUAACUGUUGAUGAUGAUUUUCAGCUAACUGUUUAUGCUAGUUGUCCAAUUGAUGAAGGACAAGGAAUUUUUUAUCAUUAUACUUCAGCUCUUUUGGGUGUUGUUGACAGAAGAGAGUAUCUUCGUGAAGGAAAAUAUUUUGAUUGUGAAUGUAAAUUAUGCAGUGAUCCAUCAGAACUUGGUACAAAUUUAAGUUCAAUUAAAUGUCCAUGUUGUAAAAUAGGAUUAAUACAACUUAAAAAAUUAAUUAAAAAUCCAUAUGAUAAAGAUAAAACUUGGCAAUGCUCAAAAUGUUUAAAAUAUUAUUCUGGAAGUUUAAUUAAAACAACAUUAUAUUUAACUAAUGAAAAAAUUAAUGAAUUUAUCAAUAAUACAAAUACAAAAGAUUUAGAAAAUUUAUUAAAUAAAUUAUCAUUUACUUAUCAUUCAAAUCAUUUUAUUAUGAUUAAUUUAAAACAAAAAUUACUUAUGAAUUAUAGAAUGGAAUUAAUUUCAUUAAAUCCACAAAAAAAAAUUUUAAAAAGAAUGCUUGAACUUUAUGAAGAUAUACUUGAUGUUCAUGAAAUUAUUGAGCCUGGAAUUUCAAGAUUAAAAGGAAUAAUUUUGUAUGAAAUGCAUUUGCCAAUUGAAAUUUUGGCUGAUCGUGAUUACAUGUCCGGUGAAAUAACACCAGAUGAAUUGUCAAAACGUCUACAAAAAUCAAUGGAUUUAUUAAAAAAAUCCCUGAGCAUGUUGCUGCUAGAACCAUCAACAAAUCCAGAAGGUUUAUUAGCUAAAAAGGCACUUGAACAAUAUAAAAAUAUCAGAGAUAAAAUUGAAGAUGUUAAAGCACUUGCACGUGUUGAUAAAUUGAAUCAAUAAAUGCUCGAUGAUGUAGAAAUAUCGUAUUUAUUAAUUUUUUUAUUCAAUUGAAUUCCUACGAAUGUAAAUAUAUUAAUGAAUGAUAAACCUUGACUAUAAUCAAGUCAAUGCUAAUCAUGAGAAUCAUUUAUCUGUUUCAUAGAAAUACUUGCAAUAUUAAAUAAUAUUUCAUCAAAGUGUUAUUGAAAUUUGUAUUAUGACUUUCGGCCAAGGACAUAUCUGUUAAAUUGGAAUAUCGAUACUGUGAGUUCAUCCAGGAUUUUCAUGGGAAUACCUGGGAAAAUUUAUUGACAAGCUUUCAAUGUCAGUAUGAACGAUUAAAACUUUU